CGACAUUGCCUAUCUUACGGCUGGCUGUAAUUACAUGUUUUUGAAGAUAUUUUACUGAUAAAUUCAAGAAGAAAUUAUAUUUACGCUAUAAUUAUUCUAUACAAUUAACAUUUUUGACAAAUAAACGUAAAACAAACUCAAUUUAAAUUAUUAAAAGUCUUGGGGGCAAGGUAUGUUUACGUUUAACAAUGCUAUACGUAGGUCGCAUUCAAAGAUAAAUAUAAUGAAAAUGUUUGAAAUAAAAUCAGCCUACACAAUCCUCGGACGACAGCUGUAAGAGAGAACCCGAUAUUCAAGGAGAGAAUGGAGAUCAAUAAAAUAUGUGUGAUUUUCAUGAUAUGCGUUUGCGGACUUCUAGCUUUAUCACAGGUUACAAAUGCAAAGGGUGAAUGCGAAUAUAAUGGAAAAACUUACAAAAACAAUAAAAGUUUUAAAGAAGGUGGAAAGUGCAGAAAAUGCAAGUGUAAAAAUGGAGCUAUAACCUGCAAAACUAGCAAUAAGUGUGAUGCUGACUUCUGUGAGGCUGUGAACUGUAAGAAACUUAAGUGUGAAAAUAAGGUGACCCAGAAAGAUCUAUGUUGUCCUUUAUGUGGGUCAGAACCGGUGGCGUGUGACUACAAUGGACUAACCUAUAACGAUGGAGAUACGUUUACAAGUGAGGAUGGUUGUAACACAUGCCAGUGUAUCGAAGGAAAAGUUGCCUGUACCAAAAUGGCAUGUUUAGGUUGUGAAAAGGAUGGUCAGGAAUAUAACAGCGGAACGUCUUUUCUGUCGUCGGAUGGUUGUAAUCGGUGUAUGUGCAGAAAUGGUAAAAUAAAGUGUACUGAGAAAACGUGCAAAGAUUGUACAACAAAAGAAGGAAAAACAGUUCCAUCUGGUACUACUUUCUCUGUUGAUUGUGAUAUGUGUACAUGUCUGGAUGGAAACGUAAAAUGCAUAGACAGAGAAUGCCCAACUUGUUCCUACAAUGGCAAGGAAUACGAACAUAAGGCAAUGUUCAGACACGAAGACGGUUGCAACAGAUGUCAGUGUUUGUAUGGACAGGUCGAGUGUACCGACUUUGACUGCCCUGAUGACUGUAUGCUGAAUAAUAUUGUGAUUAAGGAUGGACAAUCAUUCCCUAGCGCAGAUGGCUACAAUAAGUGCUGGUGUAAGGACGGAGAUAUCAUGUGUACCGAUUUUAACUGUACACUUCCGGGAAACAGUUCCUGUGUCAACAAUGGAACGGUGUAUCAAUCUGGAUCAAGUUUCCUGAACGACAUCAAUGAGAAAUGCGUGUGCAAUGAUGGAGAAUUUGAGUGCACGGAUUUCAGAUGCGGUAACACAGAAGAUGCAUUUGGAGUAAAUGGUGAGGCGUACGUCGUGCCUACGUUAGAAGGACCGAAGCUCUGCCUGUGUAUCUUUGGCAGUCUUGAAUGCCAAAGUGUAUUCGUAUGACAAGGGAAGUCGUUUCUGG